CUUUUUAAAAAAUAUUUUAAGUCAACCUUAUGCGCAGUCUUGUACGCAAUGAUGACUUUGUUGAACAAUUGCCCCUCGCGUCACAUGACACUACCAGGAAGUUGAGCGACGUUAAGAGUAAGCAGAAAUACGUACCCACCUUUAUUAUGUUGUCUGAAGUGAAUCGGAAAUGACCUGAAAUAAUUUAAUGCCAAAGCCCACCGCCUUAAUCACAACAUCUGGGAUGUGAGAUUUUUUUUCUUGAUCACAUUCGCUAGUAUUUAAAAUUUCAUUUUGAGAAUUUCGUUUUUCCUACUGUGCGUGAACGCCUCUUGACACAAUACGGAAUAUGGCGUGUUUUGGAAACUGCCUCUGUUGUCAGUGCUGCUGCAGAGACGGUGAAACACGAACACCCGAAGAGCUGACAAUUCUUGGGGAACUGAGAGAUGAAGACAGUGAGAUUUUACCCAGGAAGGAUUAUGAGAGUCUGGACUAUGACCGCUGUGUCAAUGAGCCUUAUGUGGAGGUUCUGGAAGGUUUGGACAACAAGAAGGCCAAAAAGUAUGAGGCAAUACGGUGGAUGAUUGUGUUUGCAAUUGGAACGUCUGUUGGUUUGGUUGGAGUAUUUGUGGACUUCUUUGUUCGUCUCCUCAACAAUGUAAAGUUCACUUUGGUUGGUGAGUCUGUGGAAUGGUGCAGUGAGAAAGGAUGUCUUCCUCUCUCUCUACUGGAGCUGCUGGCGUUCAACCUGACCUUCAUCUUCAUUGCCAGUGUGCUCGUCCUAAUUGAGCCUGUCGCUGCCGGUUCUGGGAUUCCCGAAAUCAAGAGCUACCUAAAUGGCGUGAAGAUCCCGGGAAUCGUCCGACUGCGGACAUUCCUCUGCAAAGCAUUAGGGGUGAUUUUUAGUGUAGCUGGAGGUCUCUUUGUGGGGAAGGAAGGUCCGAUGAUUCACAGUGGAGCCAUCGUAGGAGCUGGACUUCCUCAGUUCCAGAGCAUCACCUUUAAGAGGAUCAAAUUUGACUUCCCUUACUUCCGCAGCGACAGAGACAAGCGAGACUUUGUGUCGGCUGGUGCCGCAGCUGGAGUGGCUGCUGCUUUUGGUGCUCCCAUUGGUGGAACACUCUUCAGCCUGGAGGAGGGCUCCUCUUUCUGGAACCAGGCCCUCACCUGGAAAGUGCUCUUCUGCUCAAUGUCAGCAACAUUCACCCUGAACUUUUUCCGCUCUGGAAUCAACUUCAACAAAUGGGGGUCCCUCCAGUUACCUGGUCUGCUGAAUUUUGGGGAGUUCAAGUGUGCAGACAGAGAUAAAAACUGCCACCUGUGGACAGCUGUGGACCUGGCUUUCUUCGUGCUCAUGGGCGUGGUGGGCGGCCUGCUGGGGGCGCUUUUCAACUGCAUGAACAAGAAUCUUGCCAAAUAUCGCAUCAGACACAUCCAUCCCAAAGCCAAGUUCAUCAGGGUUCUGGAGAGCCUUCUGGUCUCCAUGUUGACCACGGUGGUGAUAUUUUCUGCAUCCAUGUUGUUGGGUGAAUGUCGCAGCAUGGCCUCACCUACAAACCACAACACCACGGUGAGCAGACACUCAUGUGACCAGGCAGUGACAGUUUUUAAAAAUACAUCGUAUUUGUUUCAGCUGCAGGACAGCGAGGACAUCAACUCGACUGUCCGUCAGUAUUUCUGCAGUAACAAGACCUACAAUGACAUGGCCACGCUCUUCUUCAACCCCCAGGAGGCUGCAAUCUACCAGCUCUUCCACCAGGAUGGUACCUUCAGUCCUACAACCUUGUCCAUCUUUUUCCUUCUCUACUUCCUGCUGGCCUGCUGGACCUACGGAGUGUCUGUACCCAGUGGACUCUUUGUCCCUUGUCUGCUCUGUGGAGGCGCUUUUGGACGUCUGGUCGCCAACCUCCUUAACAUUAAACUGGGAAUGGACAUCUACUCUGGAACAUUUGCUCUGAUCGGGGCAGCUGCCUUUCUGGGAGGCGUGGUCAGGAUGACCAUCAGUCUGACUGUCAUCCUCAUCGAAUCAACCAAUGAGAUCACAUAUGGACUCCCCAUUAUGAUCACACUGAUGGUUGCAAAGUGGACAGGAGAUCUGUUCAAUAAGGGCAUCUAUGACAUCCACAUCGAGCUGCGAGGUGUUCCCCUGCUGGAGUGGGAGACUGAGCUAGAGAUGGAUAAGCUGACAGCCAGUGACAUCAUCGAACCAAACCUGACCUAUGUGUACCCCCACACCCGGAUCCAGUCUCUGGUCAGCAUCCUGCGCACCACUGUCUACCAUGCCUUCCCCGUGGUUACUGAAAACCGUCAGAAUGAGCGAGACUUCAUGAAGGGCAACAUCCUGGUCAGCAACAACAUCCACUUCAAGAAUUCCAGUGUGGUAUCUCGAGCAGCAGAGCAGCGGCGGCGCUGUCAGUCCAUGAAAUCAUAUCCAUCCAGCGAGCUGAGGAAUGUAUGCGACGAACAAAUUGCAGCGGGAGGAGCAGCGGAGGAGAGUGAGGAUCUUCUGCAGCAGAUGUUGGAGAGAAGACACGCUCCCUACCCCAACUUGUACCCGGAUCAGUCUCCUAGCGAGGAGUGGACCAUGGAGGAGUGUUUCAGACCGCUGACCUUCCACGGCCUCAUCCUGCGCUCCACACUGGUCAACCUGCUGAUCAGAGGAGUCUGCUACACGGAGAACCAGUCGAGCUCAACACAGCCCAGACUGUCGUACGCAGAAAUGACAGAAGAUUAUCCCCGGUACCCCGACAUCCACGAUGUGGACCUGACGCUGCUCAACCCACACAUGAUAGUGGACGUGACCCCGUACAUGAACCCCUGUCCCUACACAGUGUCACCAAACACUCGGAUCUCCCAGGUCUACAACCUGUUCAGGACCAUGGGCCUGCGACAUUUGCCUGUUGUCAAUGCUGUUGGAGAAAUUGUUGGGAUUAUCACACGGCACAAUCUAACUCACGAGUUCCUCAUGGCCAAGCUAAGGCAGCACCAUGUCACCAUCUGAUUCCUCCGGUGCUCACGAGCAUGAACGUUCCCACACUACCAAACCCGCACACCUUCUUUACCAAACAGAAGGGGGCAUUUUAUUUUAUUUUUUUAUUGGAUUUUUGCUGUUACAUUUGAGUUGUGUGGUCGAAGAGGCUUGUGCUGCAUUCUCCAAAGUUUUAAAUGUCGGCUGAUUCGUUUUGUCUGUUAGACAGCACUCAAGUUGAAGCACUUCAGGAAGGUCCAGAAAUCAGGAUUUAACUUGUGCAAUUGAAGUGUUUCCUCCCUGCUGUACUCACUGGAGCAGAGUGCUUGGCCCCUGUUGAUUUGCAGCUGGGAUCAAUUUUCCCUUCUUUUUAUCAUCACCCAUGUGGUUUCUUUAUUUUCUUAAAGUGCUAAUUAUUUGCUGAAGUCCAGCAGCUAGAAGUUUUUUCCGGUGCUCACAUAAAUUUGAAGGAGGAAUAUGAAGUAAUUAACAUCCUUGACCGUACGUAAAUGUCAAAUAUUGAAGGUCACAUUGAAACACAAGAACAACAAGGAUUAUCUUUAAUCCCACUAUGAAGGUCAGUGUUGCUUCCAAUGCAGUCAAACGUUCUGAUCUGAUUUUUUUAAUAGUCUGAAUAAGGGCGUGUCCAUAUGUUAAAAGAGUUGUUGGAUGAAAAGUAACUUCCCUGUGUAUUUAAUGGACAUUCCGCUUUUGCAUUUUUCAUUCCUUUUAUCUUGAUGGUGUCGUCCUGAUUUUGUGACUAUAAUUUCACCAAAAGUGUUACUGGAUUUAUGUAGAAACGGUGAAUUGUCCUGCAAUGAUGUUUCUGCUCCUCUUCUAUUAACUCCUCAUAUUUUUUAUGACUUAUAACUAAACAAUCAUGUUCUUUUGCCAUGUGAUAACUUGAGAAGAUGUGAAGGAAAAACCACUUGCAUCCACUACCUGACAUGGCCAACAUUCCUCUCUGGUCGUGAAGUUUUAUUGAAGAGAUUAUUUUUAUAGCUUUGUUAUUCGGUCGCUCUGCUGUCUAAUAAUUGUUUAUUUUAUUUAAGUUGAUUAAAGCUGCCUCUUCUGAAGCCUGUUACAAUGAUUUUACCAAGUGAUGCCUAAUGUUUGCGUGAUCAUGGCGAGCGUCAGCGCCUCCCUGAGUUUUGCAUCAUUCUUCCACAUUAAGUCUGUUCUGGGAUCUGAAUGUCCUCAGGCUGGUCCUGGUGGAAACCUGCACCUGCUGCUAUCGUCAGGAUCAGACCGUUAACUGUUUCCCGGGACGUGUGGCGAGGGGCUGCCGUGCAGUGUGACCGACGCGGUGAUCGGAUUUGACAACCACCGAGGCAGCUAUCUGGUCAGAACACACUCUGAUAUCCCCUGUCACAUCCACUCACAUCAGCUGCCUCUGCUCUGUUCAUUCAUCCAUCUCAUACAUCUACACUUCAUUCAUCUAAUUUUAUUGUUUCAUUCAUUCAUCUCCACGCACAACUUCUCUUAUUACUCGACUGAUCUGAGCUUACUUGCCUCCUACAAUUCAUUCAUUCACCCUUCAUCAAUACUCUAAUCUGCACCCACUUCCCUUCUGCAAUUCAUCCAUCCACCUCUUGCCAUCUUCAUCUUUACAUACACACCACCAUGAAUUCAUUCAGAAGAAACGUGUAAUCCAAUUCACCUAUCCAACAUUGGUCUCUUCAUCCUCUCAUACAUCCCUACUUCUUUUCCCCCACCUUUCGGUUUAUUCAUCCCCUCACCCUGUCAUCAUCUCAUCUUCCAAUUCUCAACACAGAAUCACUGAUCACGAAGGACAGUUUACGGAAACAAGGGCUUUAUUUUUUUGGUGCACACUGAACUUGAGCAGUCAACUCCUGGCACAGAUUUGGACACACAAAAACAAACAUGCACACUGCUGAAGAGUAAAUGAACAAUGAUGCGUUUGAAUUUCCAGCUGAAGGAACAUUUAUCCAGCCUCUUCCACCUCUGCUCCUUCACCCUGUGAGGAAUCAAGCACAGCAGUGAGACAUGAGGGGAC